AUGCCUCACGCAGGAAAGCUAGAUGCCUCAGAAACAUACUCUGAAAUGUGGAUGGGUACAUAUCCUUCUGUGCCAUCUCGAAUUCAUUCUACUGGGAAGCUCCUCUCUGAGCACCUCAAGGAUAAUCCCGAUCUUGUUGGAACUUCAGUUCGCGAUAGAUACGGGCCCGACAUCCCUUUUCUUCCAAAGGUGCUCUCUUUUGCUAAGGCGCUUCCGCUUCAAAUACAUCCCGACAAAAGCCUCGCCGAGCGCUUGCAUGCAAAAGAUCCUGAAAAAUUCGGGGAUGCCAAUCAUAAGCCCGAGAUUGCCAUCGCUCUGUCACGGUUUGAACUUUUCGUUGGGUUCAAACCCCUAAACGAAAUUGCGGAGCUCAUGCGAUUGAAGCCAUUGGAGCACAUCGUGCCAGCGCACAAGGAUUUUAAUGAUGGAACUUUACGACAACUAUGCGAAACCUUGCUAACCUUGCCCCCUGACACCGUGUCGGAGACUCUCACAAAUUUACAAGAUACUCCUUUGUCUGAAUUCGGAGACAGUGAGAAUGUUCCGUCGCUCCUCGAUCGACUCAGCAAGCAAUAUUCAAAAUUCGACAACGGCAACUUGGUCGCCGCUCUUCUGAUGAACUACAUGGUUCUGGAGCCUGGAGAAGCUGUCUGUGUUCCAGCCGACGGCAUCCAUGCGUGGUUUUCGGGCGACAUUAUUGAGUGCAUGGCACGCUCUGACAACGUCCUGAACACGGGCUUCUGCCCUCGCGUCGACCGUGAUGAUGUCCAGUUGUUUGCACAGGCUCUUACAUUCAAACCACAUGGUCCAAAAGAGUCUCUCCUGCAACGGAAAAAGACCUCUAUUGGGCUGAAAGGAAGAACCGAGGAAUAUGCCCCUCCGUUUAGCGAGUUCAAUGUGCUGGGUGUGACUUUGUCUCCAACGGAAACUGAGAAACACCGGGUACUUGGAAGUCCCAGUAUCUUAGUCGUGACUGAAGGUUCUGGAAAGAUGAAUGUGGGCGAUGGAACAGUCCAUGAUAUUGGGGAGGGAAGUGUUUAUUUUGCCGCAAAGGACGCUGAGUUGGAAUUUUCAACGAAGACGGGGUUGACAUUGUAUCGAGCGUAUGCCACGUUCUGA